GAUUGCCUUAUUACCAUAUCACAAACCACACACACCCCAAGGAAAUUCGUACACCUGCAGCUGAGCAAGUUGAAGAUAUGGAGAUUCAAUGGCUUUACUCUCGCUGAAUGGGAAAAUUUAAUUCUAAAUAGGAAAAUAAAAAAAUACAAUCACUACACUACAAUCGAAAACUUUCUUCCGACGAUCACCUUCGCUCUAAAACAGAAAAAAACAAACCAAAAUAUUUCGACAAUGCCACUGCACUGCACCCUUAAACGCACCUGCUGGGGAAUUCUGUUAACGUUCCUGAUUGGAGGUGUUGUUGACUGCGUGCUGCAGAUCUCAAGCAUUAGUCCCCCGCUCGUUAAUGCUAAGGUUGGCGACAACGUUACACUACCAGUGAGUUUCACAGGCGUUACCAACCCUACCGUUCAGUGGUUGAAGGACGGUGAUGUGAUAGCAAACUUGGUUAUCGGUUCCGGUGGAAAGCCAGAUACCUCCCCCAACUUUGGCGCGCUGGAUAUCGAUGGCAGCGGUUCGCUGACGAUUCACAACGUGCAGCUGAAUUACAGCGGCACGUACAUGGUGAGGAUGAGCAAGAUUGGACAGGCACCGGUCAACACCACAUUCACCCUCGGGGUGUUCGACAUCUUCAAGAACGUGAUCAUCACUGCAGUCCCCGAGAUAAUUAAAGAGGGCAUUAAGAACUUCAGUCUGCAAUACAGCACAACGCAGGGAGAGGCGACUUCAGUGGAGUGGUUCUUUAACGACAAGAAGAUAAAGAAUGGGACUCCAUACAUCAUCGGCAGUAAAAACCUGACGGUCACGAAUCCCAACCGGACGCACACUGGUCGCUACACCUUGAAGCUGAGCAACCCGAUCAGCAAUGUGACCAUAGACAAGGAUAUCACCGUGUUCUAUGGUCCAGAACAGCCGAUUCUGACAGUUAGUCCUCAGAAGAACGCCUUUGAGUUGGGAGACACGCUCUCUCUCUCCUGCAAGGCCGGUGGAGACCCCGCCCCCACUGCGUCUUGGAAAUUUAAUGGCGUGGUCCUCACCGGCCAGCAGGGGGGCAUCCUAAACCUCACCAACGUCAAAACCAACCAGAGUGGGGUGUACACUUGUGUCUUAGAGAACAAAGGGACUGGAGACCGGCUGGAAAAGAACUUCACCAUAAACAUCUAUGAGCGUCCAUUAGGGAGCCCCCUCUGUUCGGUUGGAGGUACUGGAAGCGGCGACCUGCAGUACCGCUGCAAGUGGCCAGGGGGCAACCCCCAGGCGACGCUCUCCUUCCCAGCCCUGAACGCCAGCCGCAGCGGCAGCGGAGACUUCAACUUGACGGUGGCGGGGACGCCGACUCUGAGUGGGAAAGAGAUUAUCUGCAUGGGCAGACACCCGCUCGCCUCGCAGAACUGCAGCAUUACUGCCCGCGGCCCGGCGGAGCUUCUGCCCGUGUUUGCGGUGGCGCUGGACGACAACGGCACGGUGGUGGUCAGCAUCACCUGCGCCAGCGCGUCCGUGCCCCUCGCCAACGUGACCUGGUCCAGAGGGGGUCAGGUGAUCACCAGCGGUGGGCGGUACCAGAUCAGCCCCAACACCACGGUGCUGUCCAUCGUGGACCCCGACCUGGACACCAGCAACCUGGGCAUCUACAUCUGCGACGCGGCCAAUCCGCUGGGCCGUGCGGAGAGCAACGUCCACGUGCUGGGCCCCACAAUCUUUGAUUCCAGCUUGUCAAGUAACUCGGACGGGACGAUGGUGACGCUCAACUGGGAGACCCCUCCCACCUCCAUCGUUACAGCUUUUCAGGUCCAGAUGACGGGGCCGGCCCUCACACCCAGCUCUGGCAGCAGCCGGCGCAGGAAAAGGGCGACGGAAGACUUCCGAACCGUCCAGCGACUGGCCGCCACCGCCCGCAGCACCACCCUCGGCCUGCUGGACCCCAAAUCCUCUUACCAGUUCCGAGUGGUCCCCGUCGCGGGCCAGACCGCGGGGCAGCCAUCCCAGGAGCACCAUGCUGGGCCCGGAGGUCUGAGCGAGGCGGCCAUCGCGGGAAUCGCGGCAGGGGUCCCUUGCGCCAUCCUCCUCCUCGUCCUCCUCAUCCUCCUCAUCGUCUGUUGCGCCUGCAAGCGAAGACGUCGUGAGACGAGGUACCCAGUAUCCAGGGCAGUGGACAGGGCGGUCGUGACCCAGCCAAAUCUGAAUGCUCCACACAAGCUGCUGACAGGAGGCAUGAAAAGCUUGGGACCCCCAGACUACGACCUCCACCAGGCCCCAUCAGAGCGGUCCUCCACACUCCCCUAUCAGGUGUCUCCCCCAGCUGUACGAAUGGCCACCACCGUCUAAAUGCAGCACUCUUAUGUACAGACCCCUCACCUGUCCAGUACUGUGUAUAUGUUACAUUUUGUGUUGUCUUUUAUAUUAUUUUUGAACUUCAUUUUCCUCUUUUUUUUCAAAAUUUUCUGUAAUGUUUUUUUUUCUUUCUUUCUGAUAUGCAGUAUUUUAAUAAUUGUUUUUGCAGUACUGUCAUUUUAUAUAUGUAAAAUUGAUUCCAAAGGGCUUGAUACAUUUAAUAUCUGUAAUGUCAAGAUAAAUAAAUAUUCAGUAGUGGUUGAAGCCCAUAACUACUGGAUGCAACUCUGUUAUAAAAGGACAAGACCUGUGAUGUGUCUGUUUAUAAAAUGGCUCCCACUGAAUUCAGGUAAUUUAUUUAUAAAUUUAAUUGCAAUAAAUUUACUCACAAUGCUAUUGUGAACAACUUUUAAGAGAUGUAAUUCUUUUGUAGAUAUUGUAUGUUAAUUUAUUUUUAAAUGAAUGUCCAAGAAUAAAAUCAUGUAUAUACUGGA